AUGGAAUAUCAAAACUUAGGAGAAUCUGGGCUUAAAGUAUCGAAGGUCAUUGUUGGAUGCAUGUCAUUUGGUUUGAAAUCGUGGGCUACUUGGGCUAUUGAGGAUGAAGAAGAGGUUUUUAAGAUUUUGAAAAAGUGUUAUGAUGUCGGUUUGAGAACUUUUGAUACGGCUGAUGCUUACUCCAACGGAAGAUCCGAGAUUCUUUUAGGAAAAUUUAUGAAGAAGUUUAAUAUUCCAAGAGAUAAAAUUGUUAUCUUGACUAAAGUAUUCUUCCCUGUUGAGGGUAUCAACUUGGGAGAAAUAUUGAGUGGAGAUCAAAAAUUGAAUAAUUAUGAACUUGCCAAUUCUCAAGGGUUGUCAAGAAAACAUAUACUUGAUGCAGUAGAAGAAUCAGUUAAAAGAUUAGGAACAUACAUAGAUGUUUUGCAAAUUCAUAGAUUAGAUAAUUCAACGCCAAAAACUGAAAUCAUGAGGGCGUUAAAUGAUGUUGUUAUACAAGGAUCGGUAAGAUAUUUAGGGGCCUCUUCAAUGAAAGUUGGUGAGUUUGCUCAGUUGCAACACAUUGCAGACAAGAAUGGAUGGUUCAAAUUCAUAAGUAUGCAAAAUUUCCAUAAUCUAUUAUACAGAGAAGGAGAAAGGGAAAUGAUUCCCUUUUGUAAUGAAUCAGAAUUUGGAAAAGUGAGUGUUAUUCCUUGGUCUCCUAUUGCGAGAGGUUUGCUUGCACGUCCUAUUGACCAGCAUGUUAAUACAGGUAGAAUAAAUUCAACUGAUGACUAUUUUAAAGCAUUUGGGUUGUAUCCAUUAUCAAAGAAUGAUCAGGAGAUUGUCAACCGGGUGGAAAAGCUUUCUAAAGAAAAGAAUGUCAGUAUGGCAGUUAUUGCUACCGCAUGGGUAAUGCAAAAAGGUUGUUUCCCAAUUGUUGGAAUAAAUUCAGAAAAACGAGCGGAGGACAUUUUAGAAGCUUUUAAGGUCAAAUUCACGGAUGAAGAAUUGAAAUAUUUAGAAGAACCAUACUUGCCAAAGCCAUUUAUAGGAUGA